GACACAGAAAUGUGUCACAGCGCUGCAGAGGUCACAUCCGGUUUGUUUUCGGCUGACAGAUUGCCGCUGUAGUUCGCUGUUUGAAUUGCUAUGCCUGCCACAGAGGGAUAAAGUGAAAGAAACACGGAGCAGACAGGAACGGUGGUGCAACUUGGACAUUUUAACGACCAGUGAGGGUUUAAAGAUGUUUUCUUUGACCGUGCAACCUCAGGUGACUGUAACUCUGAGCCACCUCAUCAAUGUCCUCCACUCCAUGAAGAGCUCAGUGGGCAGCAGCAGUGUCACCUGCGCUCAAAGGAAACACAAGGAGCAUGCCCCAGACUCAGAUCGACACUGCACAGAGCCCAUGUGGACCCUGCGUGAGCUUGGCUUAUCAGACCUGGGAGCGCAGCAGCUGGAUGAGCUUGUGAGCCGCGUGUUACCACGUUUGAGUCCAGAGGAGGUGCCACUUGCAUUGGGUGGACAGACGGCCUGGAAGACGUCACAUCUUUCUACGCCUUCGUUUUUUUACAAUAAGCAUGGCUUCUCAUCUGGUGCAGCAGCCCCAGUGUUUUCCAGGCAGCACCCUUCACCUCUUCAAGCUGUCGGCAUAGAGCUACAACACUGGCCAGUGUGGGUCCAGAGCAGAGGCUUUAAAACUUUAAGGAAAGGCAGACGAAUGCAGUUAGCUGCUGACCGCCCGUUGGAAUCUGAAGGGUUCACACCAUCUUUUAUGAAGGGCUUCCUGACACGUGACAGGGGGAUUGAAGUUGAAAGUCUAGACGGCCUGUUGAAGAAAAAGAACGUACCUGAAGGGCAGCAGGAUGCUUUCAAGAGGGGCUUCGCUGAAGGUUUCCUGAAAGCCCAAGCCUUGACACAACGCACACAAGACUCUCUCAGGAGGACUCGUCUCAUCUUGCUGGUGCUGCUUCUUGUCGGGCUCUAUGGUAUCUCAAAGACCCCCUUCAUAUCGGUGCGGUUCCGAACCACAUCAGGCCUGGACUCUGCAGUCGACCCCGUCCAGAUGAAAAAUGUGACGUUUGAGCACGUCAAAGGGGUUGAGGAAGCCAAGAACGAGCUGCAGGAAGUGGUGGAGUUCCUGAAAAACCCGCAGAAGUUCACAGUGUUGGGUGGAAAGUUGCCAAAAGGUGUGCUACUGGUUGGCCCUCCAGGAACCGGAAAGACUCUACUGGCCAGAGCUGUGGCAGGAGAGGCAGAUGUUCCUUUCUACUACGCCUCAGGAUCUGAGUUUGAUGAGAUGUUUGUUGGAGUGGGAGCCAGCCGCAUCAGGAACCUUUUCAGGGAAGCUAAAGCCAAUGCUCCCUGCGUGAUCUUCAUAGAUGAACUGGACAGUGUGGGUGGCAAAAGGAUUGAGUCUCCCAUGCACCCAUACUCCCGACAGACUAUCAACCAACUACUUGCUGAGAUGGACGGGUUCAAACCAAAUGAAGGUGUGAUCAUCAUUGGAGCAACCAACUUCCCGGAGGCUCUGGAUAACGCCCUGAUCCGCCCAGGACGUUUUGACAUGCAGGUUACUGUCCCCAAACCAGACGUGAAAGGACGCACAGAGAUCCUCAACUGGUAUUUGAAGAAAAUUAAAGUGGAUCCAGCUAUUGAGGCCAAGAUUAUUGCCCGGGGCACGGUCGGCUUCUCUGGCGCUGACCUGGAAAAUCUGGUGAACCAGGCGGCCCUGAAGGCAGCAGUGGAUGGCAAAGACAUGGUCACCAUGAAGGAGCUGGAGUUCGCUAAAGACAAAAUCCUCAUGGGCCCUGAGAGAAGGAGUGCAGAAAUAGACAACAAGAACAAACGCAUCACGGCGUACCAUGAAUCAGGCCACGCCAUCGUAGCUUACUACACCAAAGAUGCAAUGCCGAUCAACAAGGCCACCAUCAUGCCCAGAGGCCCCAGUCUGGGACAUGUGUCCAUGCUCCCAGAUGAUGAUCGUUGGAGUGAGACCCGCUCUCAGCUGCUCGCCCAGAUGGACGUCAGCAUGGGCGGCCGGGUAGCAGAGGAGAUCAUAUUUGGUCAUGAGAACAUCACAACUGGUGCAUCGAGCGACUUUGAUAGUGCCACAAAGAUCGCUAAGAUGAUGGUGACCAGGUACGGAAUGUGUGAAAAGCUGGGUGUGAUGACCUAUACCGACAUAACAGCCCAGAGCCCAGAGACGCAAGCAGCUGUGGAGCAUGAAAUCAGGGUGUUACUGAAGGAGUCUUACGAGCGAGCCAAAGCCCUGCUGAAGUCUCACACCAAAGAGCACAAGAACCUGGCAGACGCUCUGCUCAUGUAUGAGACGCUGGACGCCAAAGAGAUCCAGCUGGUGCUGGAGGGCAAGACCCUGGAAACCAGAUGAAACCAGCGAGGACGGCAACAGUCGGGGGCUGCGGCUUGGGGAAGGGGUCAGAUUUUAAGAGCUCAGGGUGAACUCAAUUCACGAGCAGCAAAUCAGAAGAGGAUGAAUUCACGGCCUGCGCUGACAAAUUUUCACGCGGGACUGUGACGGAUCUUCAUGCUGUCACCUUUUGUGUAAUCUCAUCAGUGUUCCCAGAUAAGUAGUUCUGUUAUAUGAAACAUAAACAUGACGCUCCAGAGUUUUAAGGUUCAUUGUUUGUGAUGAAGGUUAUGGGAUUAUAUGCCUCAUGAUAAGGAUGUUGCUGAGGUCAUGUAAUUGGAUGGUCGGAGGAAAUAAUGCUGAUGUGAUUAUACAGCUCAAACGUGAAAAAGGCAUCUGAAAAGGAUUCUUUUUUUACUUUAGUUUAAAUUUGGUCACAUUCUGCUCAGCCAGGUGUUGAUGGAUUUCUAGUCUGUCAGUGGAUAACACUGGUGUCUUUAUCCCAAAGAGCUAAUGUGUCAUGACGGCUAGAUUUUAACCCUCAACUCCUAUUUGUCACUCGUCUUCCAGUGUUUAUGGUCGUAUACUCUACUUCAGCUUGUGUGCUACUCAAUUCGGCUCCUUCAACUGUGAUGACGGGGUGCUGACACUUUGACGAUCAUGCACAAACCCUCUCCUGUCCUGCUCUACCCCCCUGCAUACAUCCCUGUUGCUUAUUUUUAAAGGUGGCCUUUUUUGGGGGAAUGUACUGCAAGUGUGAACCUUUUUUCUUUCGAAGUACAGUAGGACGUGUAUUGCGUCUCAGCACUUUGGGUAAGUGUACAAAAAAAAAGCACUUAUGCACUCUUCAUUUAAUUUAUUUCAUGUACGCUGCGUGUACAGAUGGAUCAAAAACCCGCCGCUCAGCCUCCCAAAGCACGUCGCAAAUACAAGCUGUGCUUUAUGUAGUGAUUUUAACCCUGCGACGUUCACCUGUUUUGUUUAAAAUGUCUGAAAUUGUGAAAAACCUUUCAGCAAAAUAUCAGUUUGAUGAUUGCGAAUGAGUGGAUUAAAGACUCUUUAUCUUCAGAUUAUUCAAACAACAAGGCUGUGUCUGUGAGGUAUUGUCUAUUGCUGUCUCCCUCAUGCUUUAAGGCAGAGGGAUUUCUCACAUGUAGUGCUAUUUACCUUUCUGUCUCAACACAUUUAGCACAGUGCAGAGGAAGAAAGAUGUCGGUGUUCGGUGCUCACAGGCUGCUGCUCUGUGUACAAGGAUGUUAAACUGUAGCAAGUCUAAUUGCAACAUCCUUGAUUCUGAAUAAGACAGCUGUUCAACACAGAUUGUGGGUAGACUUGCAGUUGCGCCUCUGUUUGUAAUAUUGAAUGUCUCUGUUUUCCAGUGCAGCAGCAACCAUGUAUGUAAUCCAUAUUUUAGCAUUUUGGAACAUUGGUUUGAUUGAAGGUGUAGCUCUUUCAAGAUGUCUACCAGCAUACCUUCUACUUCAUAGUGUGAACUUCACCUGCUUUUUUGUUGUUGUGUCAAUUCAACACUAUUUCUUCUGUUUAUUAGGCUUUUAUCUUUGCUUAGCUGUAUAUAUGAUUGGGAGUGGGAACAUUGUACAUAGAUGUAUAGGAAUGCUUUUAUGCUCUAAGCACAUAGAAUGGCUCUCUGCUGUUGAUUGAUGAAAUCUCUCGACAAUGUGAAGGCAGUAGUUGAUGAAUGUUUGUGCAGCUGAAAUAAAUAAAAAGCCCACAUAAAAAAAAAAA